CAAGAACAUCUUGUCUGUCUUUGUUGACAAUGGCCAGCCGGGUCCCGCUACUUGGUCUCCUCGCUGCUAAAUGUCCGUUAAUAAGACAUUCCCUCAAUAGACAGACGUUUUCCACCUUAAAAAAUACAAAUGAAUUUCAAGGUCGUAUCCCUUCUACCAGAGAAUUAUGGAGCACAACUAUUCUUCAAACACAGCCAAUAUCCACUAACAAAGAUGAAAUAAAUAAACCUUUGAAACAAAAUAUGAUUGAAAGUGAUAAAUCACUAUCUGAGAUUAUCUCAAAUCUAGGAGAAAAAUCAGACGAGGAUGAAGCUUUGAAAAUGUUGAAGAUGAAACUUGAAAAACUUGGCCAGCUGAAUGUGAGUGACUUAGAGAGGGCUGUAAGUAGCUUGACACAACGAACGGAUGCCCUGACAGACCAUGAUUGCUUGAAGCUGCUGAAUUUCACCUUAAGGAUGGUGCAGAAUGAAUAUCGUUCUUGUGCCAGUGUUGUGGAAAGCAUUUGGAAGUUGUGCACUGAGAGAUCAAAUGCAAGACUUACUCUUGAGCAUAUUGAUAUAUUUCUUCAUGCAACUCUGCUUACUGGAUCUUCUUGUACUUCCAAGGAGAUAUUCAACUUGCUGGAAGAUCACCAAUUGGAACCAAGUCGUGAUAUACUAGAAUUGCUGAUAUUAGUACUGGGUCAUUGCGGAGACUUGGCUGGGGUCACCAGCAUUCUCACCGCUAUGAAGCAAAGAAACAUUCCAAUUACAGAGACUGUGUUUAGCGCCUUCAUCAUGGCACAUGGCGCAGAUGGUGAUUCCAAAGGAAUAGAAUCAAUAUUGAGCUCCAUGAGAAGUGUACAGAUGACCCCCACCAACAUCACUUAUGCAGCUAUGAUACAUGCAUAUGGUGUGUCUGGGCAGAUUUCAGAGAUGAAGCAGGUGGUGGCACAGAUGAAGCAAGCUGGAGUUGCCUUAACUCAUAACCAGUUGGCAUCACUUCUGCUCAGUCUUGUCAAAGCUGGAAUACACUUCGAGAAUAUGGACUGUAUUGUGGAGCUCAUAGAAGAAAGUGGCAGGGGUUUCAACUUGUCCCGGGUCGUGUUGCAAAUAAUACACUCUGGCCAUGUGCACGAAGCUAUACAUCUUUUGCCCAUGAUCCCACGUAUACGUGAUAACAAUCACCUCUACUCCAAUGCUGCAAUCUACAUUCAAGAGGUGGUUCACACUCAAGUGGAACCCAGUCUUGUAGUUGAAAUUUGCAAACAACUACAGAGUAAGGAAAUAAACCGGUUUGCUUUCCACGUAGCCUUAGAAUAUGCCUUGCGAAUGAAGAAUGAAAAAUUGGCAUGGGCUCUUAUGAAAGCAAUUAAGGAAAGUGGCAGUCUGCUCCGUGAACACUACUUUUGGCCUCUGCUCCACAUGAGUGCUGUAGCUAAUGAACCCACAAAGCUACUAGAGUGUGUGCGUGAAAUGAUCACACUGGGAGAGACUCCGGGUUUGGAGACGCUGAAGGAUUACAUUAUUCCUGGUCUUACUGUAAACCACCCAGACCUAACCAUGAAGAUGCUCAAGCAUGCUGGCUUGACGGUAACCACGGCUGCGACACCUUUACUCAUUGUGCUUAUAAAAAAUAACUUGUUUAAACAAGCCUUUGAAUUUGUGAAGAAGACAAAGGUUUCCUUUUCUCUUCGUGACAUAACUACCACUUUAGCUUCAGCUUGGUCAGCCAACCCAAGAACCAUCAUCUCCUUGUUAGCUCUCCUCAUUGAGAAGAGUAAAGAGAAUGUGGUAGAAAAUGAGCUUGAUGCUGAUGACUGGGGUGGACAAUUUCUGCUGGAUUUAGGUACUUCAAGAGCUGGACUUAAUGCUGAGCGGAUUCGUCCUUUGUUUAAGGAACUAAAGAAGAAUGGGAUCGGAAUAUCAGAAAAUUCUGCCGACUUGUUGAUGACCCGAUCCAACAGAUAUAUACAAGAGGCAAUCAGAAAUAAUAUCAACAUUAUUCUAAACCCUAAGAUGGGUCAUCCUCCUAAGGAACAGGAGUACAACAUUCUUCCUCAUCCUAAGAGUAUGACAUCCGAGGAAUUGGACGGUCACAUGACUGAACUUCAGUCAAAGGGUUUGAAUGUGCGAGGAACCCUACGCAGGCUCCUGCUUCACCAUGCUUCAAAAAAUGACACCGAGAGUGUUUUAAAUCUCAUGAAGAAGGCAACAGAUGAUGGGAUUAAACUGAGUGCUGGAAUGAUGGCAAGCAUCCUCAUGGCAUAUGUCAACAAUGGAAAUGCUAAUGCUGCUUUGGAUAUUUAUGCUAGUUUGCAAGAGGAGCAUCCAUCAUUUUCCUUGGACUCUUUCAAAGUGAUUGAUCUUUGUACACUUUUGAUUCAAGAUGGCAGAAGUGAAGAGGGAAUUGUAACACUCAGAAAAUAUUUAAAGAAUAUCAACCAGGCUGGUGAUGGUGAUACUACACAAAUUAGAAGAAACUGUAGAAAUUUAUUAAUGGCUGCUGCAACAACUGGUGACUAUGAGCUGACACAUCAGCUCUUCCAUAUGCUGCAUUCUAAGGGUCUUGUAAAAGCAGAAAACCUUUCUUUGGGUGCCCUAGUAAAGUGCAGACUAAAUAGCGGCAGUCUCUUAGCAGCAGUGCAGGAAGCAGAGAUGAUCUAUGAAAACUACAAAUGUCUUCCCAUGAGGAUUGAAAUCCUUAUCCUCCUUAUUCAUCAUUCUAAAUGCCAGAGUGAAAAGAUGAAUUUGUCUGAUCUCUUCAGAAGGGGUGAAGACAGCUCCAACCCAGCCAGUGAUCUACUGGAACAGAUGCUAAACAUCAUUGUGCGGUGUCGUGGCUUGAGCCAAGCUCGACAUGACCUCUUGUUUGCGUGUUUAGAAGCGGGCCAACCUCUUGAUGCAAGAAAAGUGAUGCAGAAUUUGGGCAAAGAGUUGGAUUUGAAAUUAGUGUAUCGUCAGCUUGAGAGGUACUCAAAAACUGAGCAAGAUAAUACCUUGACACACUUUUUGACGGCUUCAAAAGGAAAUAUUGCCGUAAACCGUCAGAAGAUUUGUGAUUCUCUUCUCAAUAUAUAUUAUGUGCAGAGUGCAGGUGACAAAGCAUUGUCACUGUGGACCAUGAUGCAAGAGGAGGACUUGACUCCAUCAGAGACAUUUCUCUCAACACUGGCAUCACUUCUGGCUGCUAACAAUAUGAAGAUACCAUUCCAGAUACAGUGAUCUGGAUAAUUUGCUUAGCAAUAAAAGCAUUGCCAUUGCCAGGAUCUGAUACGACAUCAGAUACACAAACCAGAGAAUGAAAUCAGAGCUUACAAAAUGCAGCGUCUGGAUGAUUUAGACCAAUGGUUACAUACCAACAUCGAUGAAGACCUCGGAAUCAGGGUUGACCAAUGCUUUGAGGAACUGGCAGACCGACAUUGCCACAACACCGAGACAGGAUUCACCAAACAUCUGACAUCUCUGUGUGUGCGGGUCCCUGACUCGGAGAUGAUUUCUAAAUUUCACUGGAAUCAACCUCAUCGAGGACUAAAUCACACUCUUAACCCAUGGACAGCAGCUGUAGAAAAAUGGUAAUUUCUGUCUGUGCAAUAAAAUUAAAAAAAA